AUCAACAAGAAUAAGAAUAUGAAUAUGCCUAAUUUUAUUAAUCCAAAAGCAACCCAACUAUUCCUUUUACCCACCUGAUCUCCAAAUCCCACACUUGUUCAUCUUCGUCAACCGAAAGAAAUCUGAAUAUGAAUCCUCUCGCACCCUUCCUUCUCUUCCUGAUCUUCUCUCUCUUUGACCCAUCAACCCCAUCCCAGGUUUCCCUCUCUGUAACACCCACCACUCUCGCAAGAUCCGGAGAUCCGAUACUCAUCCAAUGGUCCGGCAUCGCCUCGCCCUCCGAGCUCGACUGGCUCGGCAUCUACUCGCCCCCGGACUCUCCCCACGAUCUCUUCAUCGGCUACACUUUCCUGUCGUCUUCCACCACGUGGCGCUCCGGGUCGGGCUCCAUUUCUCUCCCUCUAGUCAACCUCCGAUCCAACUACUCCUUCCGGAUCUUCCACUGGGCCAAGUCUGAGGUCGACCGGAAACGCCACGACCACGAUCACAACCCCCUGCCCGGGACGGCCCACUUGCUCGCCGAAUCCAAGGGGGUCGGGUUCGCGUCGGGCAGUCGGCCGGAGCAGAUCCACCUGGCGUUCACGGACAACGAGGACGAGAUUCGGGUGAUGUUCGUGACGGGGCGUGGCGGUGACGGGCAGUCCGUGAGGUACGGGGAGAGAAAAGAUCGGCUUGAUGGCGUGGCGGAAGCACGUGUGGGGAGGUACGAGUUGGAGCACAUGUGCGAGUCCCCGGCCAAUGCGAGCGUAGGGUGGAGAGACCCUGGAUGGAUCCAUGAUGGGGUAAUCAGAAAGUUGAAGAAAGGAGUCAGGUAUUAUUACCAGGUCGGAAGUGACACCGGAGGAUGGAGUGCAAUCCACAGCUUUGUGUCGCGGAAUGAGGACUCUGAUGAAACAAUAGCUUUCUUGUUCGGCGAUAUGGGAACGGCGACACCAUACUCCACGUUUCUCCGUACGCAAGAGGAAAGCAUAGCGACCAUGAAAUGGAUCCUCCGUGACAUUGAAGCCCUGGGUGACAAGCCCGCAUUUGUCUCACACAUCGGGGACAUCAGCUAUGCAAGAGGAUAUGCGUGGCUGUGGGAUCAAUUUUUCACUCAGAUUGAACCUGUUGCGUCCAAAGUAGCAUACCAUGUGUGCAUUGGCAAUCAUGAGUACGACUGGCCUUCACAGCCAUGGAGGCCUGAUUGGUCUCAGGGGAUUUAUGGAACAGAUGGGGGUGGUGAAUGCGGAGUACCCUACAGCCUGAAGUUCCACAUGCCUGGAAAUUCUUCAGAGCUAACCGGAGCCCGAGCCCCUCCUACGAGGAACCUUUACUACUCAUUUGAUAUGGGGGCAGUACAUUUUGUGUACAUAUCUACAGAGACCAAUUUCCUUCCGGGGAGCAGCCAAUAUAACUUCAUAAAGCAUGAUUUGCAGUCGGUUGAUCGAAAAAAGACUCCUUUUGUGGUAGUCCAAGGGCACCGGCCCAUGUACACUACAAGUCAUGAAUACAGAGAUGCCCCAUUGAGGGAGAGGAUGCUCCAGCACUUGGAACCCUUGUUUGUGAAAAACAAGGUGACCCUUGCAUUGUGGGGUCAUGUCCAUAGAUACGAGAGGUUUUGUCCAGUGAAUAACUUUACCUGUGGAGGCAUGGGGCUGAAUGGGGAGAACUGGGAGGCAUUUCCAGUCCAUAUUGUGAUUGGGAUGGCAGGACAAGACUGGCAACCCAUCUGGGAACCUAGAGCUGACCACCCAAAUGAUCCAAUCUUCCCACAACCAAACCGCUCUUUGUACCGCGGCGGUGAGUUUGGGUAUACUAGAUUGGUUGCCACAAAGGAGAAGCUUACGCUUUCUUAUGUUGGGAACCAUGAUGGGGAGGUGCAUGAUAUGGUGGAGAUUCUUGCAUCCGGACAAGUUCUCAGCGGCGGCGGUGCUGCCGCUGGUGCCAUUGAUGGCGCUGCUGAUGGUGCUCCAGUUCAGUCCACAUUCUCACUUUAUGUCAAGGGAGCGAGCGUGUUGGUGCUUGGGGCUUUUGUAGGCUAUGUUCUUGGUUUCGUUUCACGUGCCAGGAAAGAGGCUGCCUUGAGAAAUAGCUGGACUCCCGUGAAGGCCGCCGAUGAUGUCUGAGCUCUAGAUAGUAUUGUAAAUUUGUAAUAUGUCUCCUGUAUUUCAAUGUGUUCGCAAUUAGCCAUCGAGGCUAUAAGCUUAUAAUUUCGUACGACCUUCAAAAAAAUACUUGUAUAACUUUUAAGUCUUUGUAAAUAUGCAAUUUUCGGCACAUAUUUAUAUGAUGA